AUGGCCGAGCCUGCUCAGCCCAUACAGAAGAGGCGCCUACUGCGGAUGACCGUGGCACAUUACCGCCAACCACAUGUCAGUGAAGAGGAUUUCCAUCGCUGGGUCACCGAGCAACACGCCGCACGCGCGGCCAAGCUUCAUGCCAAGAAUGGUAUCGAGGGGUUUUCUAUAUAUUUUGCUCCUAGAUCAUUUCGUGACAUGACGGAAGAGCUUAAUGCCAAACGCGGAAAGCCAUGGGUUGUCCGUGACUACGAUGCUCAAGUCGAGUUUCUGUUUCGCGAUAUGGAGACUUUCUACAAGGGGGCAUCUGAUCCCGACUUUCAAUCGCUACAGGCAGAAGAGGAACCUUUUAUUAGUGGCAUCCACGCGGAAGUCAGUGUUGGUUGGAUAGAGACAUAUGUUAGCGAUGGGAAGGUUGUGAAUAUUGGUGAAGAUGGUAGGCCCAACUACCCAGAAUUUAAGGAAUUGAAUGUUGCCCCAUAG